AGGCCGUACGCUGGCGUAUUGUAUCCUUUCGUAGCCCAGUCUCCUCAAGAACUCUCCAUUAAUAAAAAUGAUAUUGUUAUUUUAAUCCAACACGUGGAUCCUGAUUGGACGGAAGGAGAGCUUGACGGUAAAAUCGGCAUUUUUCCUACUAGUUAUAUUGACAUCAUUGUGGAUUGUCCC